GUGGAGACAGAACCGCCCAUGAAACUAAAAGGUCAUUGCUUCCCUCUCGACGAUUUUAGCUCAAUGAUUUUAGUUUCUAUCCAAGAUGAGUGCUGCAGAACCUGCAGAGGCUUCUCUUGGCAUGCUCAGUACCACAGACCACCUGGAGGAAAAAGAGAUUGGUAAAAAGCUCCAAGAAAACAUUUUCAGAAUCGUUUCCCCCGUGUCUCCUGCUAGGCUUCACUGCUGCUAUGCAGUGAUCACCGUCCUCACUGGAGCUGUGAUUGCACUUUCUGUGGCUCUGUCAUUGUCAGAAAGAAAGCCAGAAAGAAAGCCAGAACAGGUCUCAGUCAAAACUACCUACAAUACAUGCCCAAGAAACUGGACUGGAUUUGGGAGUAAAUGUUUUUAUUUUUCUGAAGACAUAAGCACUUGGACAUUCAGUCAGAACUUCUGCAUGGAGCUGGAGGCCCAACUAGCUGGAUUUGACAACAUGGAGGAGCUGAAUUUCCUGAGAAGAUACACAGUGAAUUUUGACUACUGGAUUGGCCUGCACAGAGAGUCACCAGAGCACCCUUGGAGGUGGAUGGACGACACUGAAUAUAACAGCUCGGUUCCCAUUCGAGGAGCAGAAAAUCAUGCCUACCUGAAAAACAACAAGAUCAGCAGCGCCAGGAUCUAUGCAGAGAAGAGAUGGAUCUGUAGCAAGCCCAACAACUAGGCGUUCAUUUCUGGUCUCUUUACUGACCCAUUGGAUUUUGCCAGGGACCAUUGUCCUAAAGAUGAUAGCAGGGACCAUUGUCCUAAGGAUGUUUGCAGAGAGCCCACAUCCCAACUAUCUUGAGAACUGUUUGUUGAUGGAAUCACAAAAGGAAUGUUUCCGCUUGAACAGAGAACACUGGGUGUGCUAACUGGUGACCUUUGCUACCUCGGCAAAGUUCCUUCUUACCCCUACCUCCUACCCCAAGCCAAGUUCCUCAUUCAAGGGCUAUAUAAGCCACAACCAUUACCCUAAUAAACGGAGACCUUGACAACUAAAUCUUGCUUGGUCUCCUUCUUUUCUCUCGCUCAUGAUUCAUUCAGGUAGAACCUCUUCAGACACUGAAUAACUG